AUACAUCAACUACAAUCUUACAACCAUAUACUCCUCUUCAAAAUGUUGCCCUUCACUAUCCUCACUGCGUUCCUCAUGUACCACCCCCAAUCCUUCCUACAAAACCAUCGCUAACAGCCACAGUUCUCUCACAACCGCAAAGAAACAUCACGCCACCACCGCAAAGCCAUGCCCAACCGUCAUAUCCACCAAAGAAGUCUGCACGACCUGCGUAACCCUAGCUUGCAUCACCUUUUCCACCAUCUCCCUCAGUCAGCAGAACUGCCCCCCUCACGUCUCAACCAUCAAGACUUCGUUUCCCUGUUCAAAGUCCAAGUGUCCCGGCGGCUGCGACACGUCGUACGUCUACGCGUCCUCUUACGGACCAACGUCCACUACUGCCUGUCCAACUGUUACCGAGACAGAGACUAUUUGUUCGGAUUGUAUCAGGCCAAUGUGCUUGAGCUUGUCGACGGUGAGUUCGGUUUGUGGAUGUCCUGCAACGGCGGCUACGGUUACGACGGCGUUUCCGUGCGGGGGGGAUUGUCCAAAGGGGUGUGGAACUGAGUUUGUUACCCCUACUGUCACGCCGGAUUGUAAGUAGAGAGAGGCGCAGAGUGAGGUUGGGAGUGCGUCGGAGAUAGUGAGGGCGUGGCUAAGAUUUCUGAAACAUAACAAGGCGAAACAAAAUGGAAGGGAUGUCGGAGAGAAGAAUGCGAAUUACUCCGAGGGGCUGAAUAUAUUGUUUUACUGUUGAGAAGGAUGUCAACUUCGGGAGUGUUGAUG